AUGGUUCAUCUCGCGACUGUCAAGAAGGACGACGAGGUCUUCCACCCCGCCGCCCGCCAGGUCGAGUCCAUUGGCGGCCCCCCCAGCGAGGAUGACUUCUAUACCAAUGUCUAUGGCAGCCACUUUGCCGCCGACCACAUGCCACAGCAUGAGAUGCCUGAGAACUCGAUGCCGCGCCAGAUUGCCUCGCGCAUGAUCAAGGACGAGCUGAGUCUGGAUGGCAACCCCAAGCUGAAGUCAGUACCGCUGCGCACCGACCCGAAGAACACCCACUAA